AUGGUCCCUGUUCAAGAAAAGGUAGGAUAUAAAACAUUUGCACAUCGACAACAGUCUUAUAAAAGCGUAUUCAAAAGCAUAUUUUCUGUGACAAUGAAUUUUAGUAAAAAAGUAAUUUUGAUAACCGGUGCUGCAUCUGGAAUUGGGAAAGCAAUAGCCCUUAGUUUUGCAAAAUUAUCUGCGAGGCUGUCACUAAUAGAUAUUAAUUUCGAAAACCUUAAUAAAGUUGCGGAGGAGUGUGAAAUCUUAAAUGAAAAUAAAGUUUUUAAAGUGGCCACAAAUGUAAGUGAUACUAAUAAUGUUAAAGAAGCUGUUACAGCUACAGUACAAGAGUUCGAUAGAUUAGACGUGGUGAUCAAUUGCGCUGGAAUAUGUGAUAUGAACGGAAUUACUGGUGAAAAUUUAAUAGAAAAUCUCGGUAAAGUGCUGAAUAUAAAUCUUAUAUCACAUAUUGCAGCCACACAUUACGCUGCAGACGAAUUAAUCAAGAGCAAAGGGUGCGUUGUUAAUAUUUCAAGUAUAUUUGGUACCACUGCUACAAAAAAUGGUAUACCAUACGCUGUGUCAAAAGCCGGAAUGGUUCAUUUUACUAAAUGCGCAGCUUUGGAACUGGCUGAGAAAGGAGUGAGGGUAAAUUCUAUAUCACCUGGACCAAUUAGAACAAAUUUAUUGGAUAACGAUUUUAAAAACAAGGAGGAUAUUAACACAGUUUUUCAGAAUUUCGAAGAGAAUACUCCUCUGAAACAUUUGGCUGAAGCACAAGAUAUUGCCGAAAUGGCUGUAUUUUUGGCAAGCGAUAAAGCGAAGCAUAUUACAGGAAUUGACGUUAUUAUAGAUUCAGGGAUUACCUUACGAAAAAUGAAAUAAAAAUACGAGAAAUAAGUACAUCAAAGUGAAUCUAUAAUGUUUAUAAUAAGAUAAUCCUUUUUUUUUGGUGGUAGAGCCUAGUUGUGGUCAUGUUACUCCAGCUCGAACAUGGGCUAUCUCGAUCGGAUAAGUACCACCCUCUCACAGAAGAUCGGCGUGAAGUAGUCUUUAAUGGCUGCGUUUGGUCCAAUGAGUGAGAGAGCCGGUUGCCCUUUCCCUUUACCCACCCUUUCCUAUCCUGCUCUUUUCCCUUCCUUUUCCCUCUCCUUCCCACUUGUUCCUCCCCCUCCUUACUAAUCAUGGGUUGCAACACAUCCGAAAAACUAUGUUGCCGAUGUCCUUGGCCGACGUUACUACCUCCAUUAGGAAGGCCGUCUGCUCGGCUGCCCCCUUUGGUAUAAAAAAAUUAAACUAAUACUUUCGGAUUACUACGCGUUCUUCUUCUUUGCCUCUUCUCAUGUUAGGUGGGGUCGGCUCUACUACUCAUUAUUUUAUUACAUACUUACGACGUUUUGGUUAUUUUGCAGCAACUGUGAUCACGGGCAGACGAGAUAAGAAUAAUAAA